GAGAGACAGCAAGUGAGGGAGGGAGAGGAAGAAAGAGAGAGCGAGAGAGACAUCUUUCCAAGCCAUGUUGGCUGCUUCCCAGAUUGCUUCUUGCUGUCCUCACCAGUGGGAUGCAAUUGGAGUAUCUCCUGCCUGUCUCCACCGUUUGGCGUCCCUCUGACAAAUCCUCUGUGCAUUUGAUGUUCUUAUUUCCAUGUUUUGUAAACUCUCGAUCUUCUUUCCUUCUCAUUUUGUUGCAGAGAAGCUUGAGUGACUCAGAGCUCUUUGUUUUCCCAGCUUCUCCUACAUUAUAGACCUGUUGCAGGCCCUUUUUAAUUUUGAAAUAGCUCUUUAAUUUCAUCUGUGCACCUGGCUUGGUCCCCUGCUUUGAAUCCCUUCCCUCUGUUUGCUGCUGUGCCCGCCGCUGGCCAUCCAUGUUGGGAUGUACCUGUAUGGUUUAGAUGACUCAGAGCCGGGCUCUGCAGACUCCUACACUAGCAGGCCGUCAGACUCAGAUGUGUCCCUGGAGGAAGACCAUGAGGCACUGAGGAAGGAGGCAGACAGACAAGCCCUUGCCACACUCGAGAAAGCCAAGACCAAGUCUGUGGCCUUUGCCGUGCGGACAAAUGUGAGCUAUAACCCGGGCCCCGACGAUGAUGUCCCAGUUCAGGGUAUGGCAGUCUCUUUUGAGGCUAAGGACUUCCUGCACAUCAAAGAGAAGUACAACAAUGACUGGUGGAUCGGGAGGCUGGUGAAGGAGGGCUGCGAGGUGGGUUUCAUCCCUAGCCCAGUCAAACUGGAAAACGCCCGCCUGCUGCAGGAGCAGCGCAUGAGGCAGAACCGGCUCAGCUCCAGUAAGUCGGGGGGGAACUCCAGCUCCAGCCUGGGUGACAGUGCUGUCGGCACGCGCCGGCCCACCCCUCCUGGCCCAGCUGGCCAUCUCCCUGCCAGUACUGCCCCUCGCCCCCGCACCACCACCCCUCUGCCACCGCCGUCUCCCGGGGUGGUGCCCAGGGUGCCGCUAGAGGAUGAGCCCUUUGAGCUGGACGUGGAGGAGCCUGCCGAAUCGCAGGCAGAGCCUCCCUCCCCCAAGCCCAGCAGCAGCUCCCCCCUGGCACAAAUCCUGCCUUUCUUAAAGAAGAUGGAGCACGUUCCCCCCUACGACGUCAUCCCCUCCAUGAGGCCCAUCAUCCUAGUGGGGCCUUCGCUGAAGGGGUAUGAGGAGAUGUUUGACAUCAUUCUGGACGAGAACCAGCUGGAGGAGGCCUGUGAGCACUUGGCCGAAUACCUAGAGGCCUACUGGAAGGCCACACAUCCCCCCAGCAGCAACCCCCCCAACCCGCUGCUGAACCGCACCAUGGUCACUGCUGCGCUGGCUGCCUCACCCGAGCCCGUCUCCAACCUGCAGCAGGGACAGUGCCUGGUAUGUGGAGAGCAGGACGGGGCGCUUCUGGAUCACGGACAACUGGAGGAGCUCCGGGGAGAGCCAAGCAGGAAGCAACAGCUGCAGCAGCAGUCCCAGCACAUGCAGACUCAGCUGCGCUCGCGCUCCGAGCCCCAGGGGGGGCGCAGCCUGUCUCGACAGGACACCUUUGACUCAGAGACACAGGGCAGCCGGGACUCGGCAUACACAGAGGCUGGCGACUCUUGCAUGGAUGUGGAGACAGACCCCUAUGAGGAGCCAGAGCCCUACUACAGCAGGGAUGGCAGCCUGCAGCCAGCGAGGCCCCAGACCCACCAGGGCUCCUGGGAGGAUGAGGGCGCAGAGCCGGAUCAGGAGAACAUGAACCCAGCCCCACUGCAGGAACAGCACGGCCAGGUCCGGCAGAGGGAGAGAUACUGCCAAAACCAGGGAGAUGACAAUGUUAUAUUAGGUCGCAACCAAACCCAGGAAGACUGGCCUAGGGAUGUCUACAUCCAUUAAAGAUUUCAGAGUAGGGGCUUUCUGACCAGUUGGACAAUUAUAGGAAUAUAGGAAAAGAAGCUUUAAUCCUUAUCAAACUUAACUGGCACUGUCAUAUACCAACUAUAUAUGGAUAUUUUGGGCUGUAGUAUUAGUGCCAUUUGAAACCAUUAACCAUCUAGUACCGCAUGCUUCUCCUGCAUGAGUGCUUUGAGUAGAGUAGUGGAAGGAGUUCUUUGCCCCAGUGAUAUCUGCUCAGUGAAACACUAUUUUCACAAGGCAGAAAGCGAUUGAUUUGUUCUCUGUAGAGCAUUUGAGAGCAGCAAACAUCAUGUGUAGUUUCACGAUCUGUCAGGUACUAUUUAUUCCUUCCUAUUGUCAACAAUAUUCCAUUUAUUAUUAUUUUGGUCUCUAAUGAACUGUUUUUUCUUGAAUUACAAAACUCCAAGCCUCUGAGCUUUCCAGUGGUGCACAGGCAAACACUAAUAUGGUGAACUCACCAAGGGUUCAGAAUUUUGUCAAACUGGAGUCUCCUCCUUGGUUUCUGGAAUACAGACACUGGAGCCUUAGUUUAACUGGUUUCCCUGAUAUUUGGACCCGACUUAUUCACUGAAUUGUUUCUCUAGUUACAUCCUGGAAUGCGAGUCUCACCAUCCCCCAGAGCAUGUGUCCCUUCACCACUACACGUGUCUAAUGUUCUUGACCACGGGUACCAAUUGGAUUCUCUUCGGUUGUGCUACGGCUCCUUUUGAAUUUACAAACCAUUGGGACCCUACCUGGAACAUCAAGCUUUGUGCAACACAUGCAAACAUCCUGGUGGUAAGCUUUUGGUGGAUCCUGGUGGUAAGCUUUUGGUCAGGACAUCUUAGCAGUCUCCUCCUGUUACUGUGCCUGAAAUCCAAUCUUCCUCAAUGUGUGAACAGCACAGUGCAUAUGUAUUGUUGACAACUCGUUUCACAGCAGUUGCCCUGUCAUUAUGUAAAUAGGGGGUGCUGCUUAUUAGAAUAAUGAGAGAUGUUAAGUGUGGAGACUGGAGUUCUGUCUUUAUGUUGGAAUCUCCCAACGUAAGACCCCCCAAAUACUCAGUAAUGGUAUUACAGAAUGUACACUUCAAAUACAGAUAGUGACGACUUCACAAACAGUUAAAGGGUGCUUUUAAAAUAACUCAUUCACUUGCAGACGAUUCAACAGCAAAACAGAAAAAGGAUGUUUUAAUGUUUAUUUGACAAUAUAAUUGGCAAUAUAACCCUCUCCAAUCUGAAAAGAUUAAACUUGUCAUUACGAGAAGAUUGGAGCUAGCCUUCUCUCCCAGUCACAUUGUCAGGCUUUCCAUUCCUCAUGUUAAUUUAGCCUGCCAGUUAAUUCCAGGUAGCUGUAAUUGAUGGCCAAUGAAAGGCGGUGGCAGCAGUGUGUGGGUGUACAGCUGCCAGAAAGCCACAGCAUACAGAAAGCUUCCCCAAAAGGCUCCGGAGGAACGUGUGGUGGGGGACUGGGUAUCAGCCUCCACUUUUAUGUCAAGAAGGAGACAAUGUAAGUUACAGCAGAUCAGUCAGGCCUAAAGAUGUAGAUUCCAAAUUCAGUAGGGCACAGGUGUCUGUCACUGCAUGGCUUGGUCCAAGAAUUCUGUGGUUGGGGUAUCUAAGUGUGCUUUUGUCAUUGGCUGUGGUUGAUGAGGUUAUUUUAGUGUUUAUGUAGCCUUUUCUUUUUUCUUCAAAAUAAUGAAAUCAUAGAUCAGCCCAUGUUGUGUGUAGCACACUGCUGUUUUAACACAGCAUUGAUUAGCCAUUAGCCCGAUGCUGUGCGCAGUCUGUCCCACAAGUGCCUGCUUACUGUGCUCAUGGGUUGCUGGUUCCAAUGUUUACUAACUGCAGAAAAGUGCACACCGAGGGGGUGUGUGCCAAUCCCAGGCAUUAAAAGGGCAGGGUGUCACCGUUUUGUCACUCAACAGAUCAGCUUAAUUUUGAGUCUUUAUGCUAAAAUCUCUUACAGUAUUUGUUGGAUUUCCUGAGGUCUGCCUUCAUCCUUUCAUGAUUGCCCCCUUUCUCAUCAGCCUCCCAAACAAUCUCUUGUCCCUAUUUCAUGAACUCUAGCGUCUCUCGUGGCGGCUUCCCAGUGCAAAAACCAAUGUUUGUUUCACUAAUUCUUUUUGUAAUCUUUAUUCUGUUCUUCUGCAUGAAGAUGGUAAAAUCCCUGCUGCAGUAAAUUUCACUUUCCAAGGAUAAGGUGAAAGAGUGAAGUACAAACCAAACUGUAUUGCAGGAUUGUGAGUUACUAGACCAGUUACGAAUGUGGUCUCACUUUUCACAUUUUGUUUACAGCCAUUAUAUUUUAUUUCACUGUAUUUUCUACUUUAUUCAAUGCAUGUUUGGCUGUUUAAAUGCCUGAGACAAAUACAGUAUAUAUUUAUAUAUUUUUUGUAUGUAUAUAUAUUGUGAGGGUGCUUGUGGCUUUGUUGUGAUAUAGAUAAAUUCAGGUAAAUGUACAUGUAAAGUGUACCGGCUGUGCCACACAGCUUUAUACUGUCACACUGCCACUCCUGGUCCUGGAGUGCAGGCUUAUAUGCCUCGCUUACUCGUGCCAUGCCCCCACCCACCCAGCCCACCUUUGUACUGCCCUCUCACGUUUUGCACACACCUCUACCACUUGCAGUAUUGUCUUAGAUUGUGUUUCUCUGUGCCAUUGUCACCACAGUGCCACAAUACACCACUGUCAUUACGAUAUUUUGCUAUCCAUUCUCAUGUAUCUUUCAGUUUAUUCAACUGCAAAAGUCCCUCCCCUGUUUAAUUAAAUUUUACUUUUUUUUUUACUAGUUUGAAAGCAGAUAUUAAGGCUUGAGUCAGAGGCUUCCUGGAUUGUGUGAUGCAUUUUUGAGUCUUUUACCAAAUGAAAUACCACUGUAUUUUUUGUGGUGUAGAGUACCGGGUUCAAUAUACUUUUUGUGGAAGAGUGAAUCAGAAAUUAAAUGUUUGUACAUCAUCUCUCAUUUGUAAAUCAGUCAGCAAAUAGUAUUGUUUCUUGCAAGUAUUUGCAAGAUUGUAAAUGUACUGGAUUUUUUCCCCCAGAAUUUUCAUAUAAAAAGUUAAAUUAGGUUGUAUUCAGGGUUCUCUAAACUCCAAAUUACAUUUGUGUGUUUCCACUGGACUUUUAAAACAUUGUUGUAAAGGUACUGUCAUCUGCGUUGUACAUUAAGCUGUUAAUUAGCUACUAUUUUUGGCAAACAAACGGGUGUUUUUUAUUGAAAGAAACAGCAUUUGGAGUCAGCUAUAUGUUUACAGCUCAAGCUACCUAACUCUGUUUUUCUCCUAAACAAGCCAUUGAAUGUUUAUUAGCGCCUUUGUCUGCUGCUGUGACUUUGCACACUGAAGAAAAGACACACUUUAACUGUCGCUGAGGGGCUGAUUGGGCCACAGAACAGUCCCCCCCACUUGGUGGGGUUCACAUCUCAACAGAAAUGAGUCCAGGCAUCUGCUCUCUCCUGAAUGCUUUUGCUUAUUUCCUACCUGUGACUUCCAUUUGGCACAUCUGUGACUUUUGCUUUUUAUUGUCACUUCAUUUAAGGGCUUAUGCUGUGCCAUCUAGGAUCUCUCAUACUUGCUUCCACAUAUUUAUAUAUUUGUAAUUCUUUACCACCUCCCUGCCGUUUUUUCUCAAUAAACGGUUACAGGUGCUGUAUGUUAGAGACAUAAAGACUGUUCUGAGGUCAAAGAUCAGUCCCCAGCCGUUUACUAAUUGCUCUGGGACAGGGUUUUACUAAGCAUUUAUGCUUUAAAACUUGUUUAUAUUACUGAGGGUGUAAACUACCUACUUACCUAUGUAAUUAUGAAUAUAUAAAUAUAUUAAUAUUCAUAUGGAUUUUAUUUGAAUGAUGAUAAAUAUGAAUGAUUGCCUUUUAAUGCUGUUUUCUUUGGGAAUGUUAGAAAAACUUAAGUGUUUGUACAAUCAUUCAUUUGAAACAGUAAAUGUAUAAAAGCUGAUGUUUGGCAUUUUCCAGCUCUAUAAACAAAAUGCAUGUUUUCACUCUUACAGGUAUGUUAAGGAACAAAUCAUGCUAUUUAUAUCAAUGCCUCUUUCUGGAAAAGUGCUAAAUAGAGAUGUCAGUAUACCCGAUCUUGUGAUCUUUUAAAAAACAAUGAGACAUUUUUAGUAAAUCUGCCCUUGCUUACACACUGUU